CAUCGAUACUCGGAUACUUGAAUCCACAUGUUUAUCAGCUGACAAAUUAAUCUUUUUUUUUAGUAUUCAAUUUUCAGUAAUUUGUCGUUUUAAUAAAUAUCUGUAUCAUGUUUGUGAUUAAUGGUCGUGCUGUAUUUAGCGUUGCCUCGUGCCUCCGUAAAGUGACAGUAAAACAUCUAUUGGUAAAUCGAGCACGUCCUGUAUUUUGUUUGGAUACUCAAGCAUUUUCUGUUAGCAGUAAUAAUUUCGAUCCUUUUCAUGGUGCUGUAAGCAAUCUUUUUCGCCACAAAAGUUCAUUUCAUCGUUUUAUUUCAACUGUAAAUAUCAACGAUGACGAAGCAAAAGAAAAGAAACGAAAAAUGGAAAGAACUGUUCGAUGGAGUAUGUGGGGAUUGCUCACAUUUUUCACCGGUUCCACUGUUUUAGCUCUCCAUGAAUGGGGUAAACCUGAACUUGACGAAGAAGGAAAACCUAUUCGUGACCAAUUCUCCGAAAGAUCCAUCGCUUUACAAUAUAUUUUAAGGACUAUUGAUAAAUUCAAAAGGGAAUGGCAAAUUUAUAAAGAACCAUCACGGGACUUAUUGCUUCCUCCGCCAUUGGAGCAUCCUUAUAUCCAACCUAAAUAUACUUUAGUCAUAGAAUCAAAUGGUUUACUAUUUAAUCCAGAAUGGACCUACAAAACAGGCUGGAGAUUCAAGAGGAGACCCUUUGUCGAUUAUUUUCUUACUCAAUGUGGCCCACCUUUAUUUGAAGUUGUUGUUUUCACCUCAGACUCUGGUUGGACAACAGCAGGAAUGAUUGAAAGUUUAGAUCCUAAAGCAAAUGUGAUGCAUUGGCUUUUCCGAGAUUCAACCCGAUACAUGAAUGGAGUUCGUCUUAAAGAUUUAAAUUGUUUGAAUAGAGAUCUGUCCAAGGUAAUCAUGGUAGAUUGGGAGAAAGAUGCCUGUCAAUUGAACCCAGAUAAUUGUUUAAUAUUAAAAAAAUACGAAGGAGAAGAUAAUGACAAAGUAUUAUUUGAAUUAGCGCUUUUCCUGCGCACCAUUGCAGUUCAAGAUGUUAAUGAUGUUAGACCUAUUAUUCGUCAUUAUCAACAAUUCGAUGAUCCACUGGAGGCUUUCAAAGAAAAUCAAAGAUUAGCCAUGGAAAAAGAAGAAGAACAGAAAAACAAAACAAAGAGUCAGUCAUUUGUGAGCACAUUUAAGCGUAAAUAGUUCUAAUCACAUAGUCCUAAUUGUAACUAAAGCAUUGUAACUAAAAACUUAUCUUACUAAAAACUAUUGUCAAACUUAUUGUAUCCGUAAAUUUGACGAAAAUUAUCUUGUUUAUUUUCCAGUCAGAAUAAUAAAUAGUGAUUUAAAAUUA